AGUCUGCAGUGACUCAGACAGCAACAGCGUUGUGACCAUAGGGGUCAAACAUAGAUAUUGCAUCCACAAAUGGGCCACAGUAACAACUGACACCUCUUCUUACUUCAAGCCCUCUGCACCUUACAGCCGCAUCAGGUGCCAACUACAUCACCAUCAACUUUAAAGGUUACCAUUUUCCAUCUUUUGAGCGGUUUUCCACCUAAGGUCGGAGAAAAUGGCAGCAAUUCCAUCAAGUGGCUCCCUCAUCGCCACCCAUGAUUACUACAGAAGGCGUAUUGGGUCUACCUCUAGCAACAGCUCCUGUGGCAGUGCUGAGUACACAGGAGAGGUCAUUCCACACCACCCAGGACUUCCAAGGCAGGACUCUGGCCACUGGUGGACCUCAUUUUUCAAUGCUAAACCGAACCAGCCCGGUGUGGAAUCUGAAAGUCAAAAAAACAGAACCUACACAGUGGCCGACGGUCAGGUGACCUGCAUCGCCAAGGAGAUGGUUCUGAACAGGCGACUUAGUCUAAGCAAUGAAAACGGAAAGUUUGAACCAUCGACCUCUCCGCCAAAAACAACAACAACCCCUCCUUCCUCUUAACCUCGGCCCACCGACAUCGCUUCACCUUCCUGCCACCCGUCCCCCUCCUCCCUUCGAACUUCCCUCACCCUCAACUUGCCAUAAUCAGCAAUGAAGAUGGAGAUGAUGAGGGUGUUUUUUUUUUUUUUAACUUUAACAAAUUAAGUUUUGUUUUUCCUUUUUAUUGCUUAUGUAUAGUUUAUUUUUAUUAUGACCAAAACUUUAAAAAGAAAAAAAAAAAAAAACCUCAAGUAUGUAAAAAGUUUUUUCAUUUAUUUCUUCAUGUGACUUCACACUGUUAAUAAUAAUAAAAAAAAUUGCUUGGA